UACAGGGAAGUGAAAAUAGGAUUAUAGAAUGGAAUAUCUCCUGCAUUGCAAGGCUAUUUCUACAUUAGACUUUCUGAGACAGUUCCCAUCAUUGCUAAUUUUGGCAUAGUUCUACUGAGCAGAGCAGUAGUAUAGAUGCAGCUUCAGGUGGCUGCCAACAUUUUACCCAGUGUCUAAACCUAGGUGUUAUAGUGUUUCUGGUAACUUGUCUAUGAGAAUGCAAUUAUGGGACACCCCCCCCGCACCCCGAAAAUAAGCUUCAUGUAGAUGAGACCUAAUAGGGCUCCAUCUUAAAUCCCCAAAGUUAUCAAAUUAUUUCCAAAUUCCCCAUAUUUAUUUAGUGCAUCUAAACUACAUCUACUUCUGGAGAAGAGGUACAAAAGUUAAACUCCAGAGGGUUGUUUUAUUUGAUUUUGUUAUGGGCUUCAGAGCAGAACAGACCUGAGGAAAUAUUGGAUAAACAUAAGGUGUGUUGUGUCAAGAGCACAGAAGGGGAAUGUGCAUGAGAGCUUUCUUACCUGCUGAGGUGAACUUUUUUGGUUCUUUUUGUUUUUUGUUUUUAAAAAAAAAAGCUUUCUGGCUCUCAAGAGGAUAGUGUUUUUAUACAAUGAUUUUUUUUCUCCCUAUAGCUAGAGUACAAACUUUUUAAACAAAUGGUUUAGUUUAUUAACUUCAGCUUUAAAAAUAAACAAUUGUGUCUUUUCCUAAAUCCACCUAAUGGGAGGUUUCACAUGGUGAUAUUUCUCCAACAAGAAUAAAAUGCCAUCUUUUAGAGAGAGUACUUAACACAACUAUUUUAUGUGCAGAUCUCCUUUGUACAUGUUAUGGACACAGGCUGGCUGCAAACACAGUUGAACAGAUACCACUGAUACUGUCUGAUUCCAAACAAGAUGAACACAUUGUCAUUGCUGCUAAGAUUCCCUCAUUACCGUUUUCUUAGAAAGAUUUAUUUCAAAAGCUUCCACUCAAAUUUCACUCCUGGAUCAUUAUUUCCAUAUAUUCAAUCUUUUAAUUCAGUAUGCUUGUAUUGUACAAAGUGGAUGUUGCCAGCAAGUGAUUUGAAAAGAGGGAUGUGUUAUCAAGCAACCGUAGACCAACAAACACAGGGACUUUGUGACAAGGAACAGAGACUCGUAGACAAACUUUACAGUGGAUUAAUCCAAGGGCACAGAGCCUGCUUGGCAGAGGCCAUUACUCUCAUAGAAUCAACUCAGAGCAGGAAAAAGGAAAUAGCCCAGGUGCUCAUUCAGAAGGUAUUAUCCUACCACAGAGAACAAGAAAAGUUAAAUAAAGGAAAACCGCUAGCCUUUAGAGUGGGAUUGUCUGGUCCCCCUGGUGCUGGGAAAUCAACAUUUAUAGAAUGCUUUGGGAAAAUGCUUACAGAGAGGGGACACAAAGUGUCUGUGCUGGCUGUGGACCCUUCCUCUAGCACAAGUGGUGGCUCACUCUUGGGUGAUAAAACACGGAUGACUGAGUUGUCAAGGGACAUGAAUGCUUACAUCAGGCCAUCUCCAACGAGGGGGACGUUAGGAGGUGUGACUAGGACCACAAAUGAAGCUAUUCUGCUAUGUGAGGGAGGAGGCUAUGACAUCAUUCUUGUGGAAACAGUAGGUGUGGGGCAAUCAGAGUUUGCAGUUGCUGAUAUGGUUGAUAUGUUUGUUUUGCUGCUACCACCAGCAGGAGGAGAUGAGUUACAGGGUAUUAAACGGGGUAUAAUUGAGAUGGCAGAUCUAGUUGCUAUAACUAAAGCUGAUGGGGAUUUAGUUGUGCCUGCACGGCGGAUACAAGCAGAAUAUGUUAGUGCUAUGAAACUACUUCGCAAGCGCUCUAAGGUUUGGAGACCAAAGGUAAUGCGCAUGUCUGCUAAAACUGGAGAAGGCAUUUCAGAUAUGUGGGAUAAAAUGACAGAAUUUCAUGAUCUCAUGCUUACAAGUGGUGAGUUGAUCACCAAACGACGGAAACAGCAGAAAGUGUGGAUGUGGAAUCUAAUCCAAGAAAAUAUGCUGGACCAUUUUCGGAGUCAUUUAGCAGUGAGGGAUAAGAUUCCACUUUUAGAAGAAAAGGUUCUCAGUGGUGUCUUGGCUCCAGGGCUGGCAGCAGACCUAUUACUGAAAGCAUUCAAAGACAGACCUUAAGAUCCCAUGUUCUACUGUGUCAUUGAUCAAUUUGCACAAAUUAUUUAAACAUUAAAUAAAAUUUUCCUAAGCAUGGC